AUGGCUGCAAUCACAAGAGCGAUGAGCGUUUUUGGCUUGCGAUCAACUGCUUUAAGCGUCCGCUAUGUUAUUCCAAUACGUGGUGAUGGAAAAAAGAAAAAAAAAUCCAAAGUAAAAAAUAAACUAACCCAACAACAACAACAAAAGGCAAAAUUAAACUCUAAACUAGCUAAAGCAGCUCAGCAAGAACAAGAAGAGGCAAAGAAACGUAAAAAAUUUGUCGAUCCUCCUGUAGAUAGUAAGUGGUUAAAAGAGGACAGAAAAAGAAAUAUCCAAAACAACAAUCCAGAGGAAGAGGAGAGAAGAAUUUUAUUAUUAAAGGAAUGGUCUCGAUAUAAGAUGAACCAACACCGUUCGGAUUUAAUCAAAUUUCAAGAUAUAUACAAAAGUCGAAAUCAAGCGUUGCUUCAAUUAAAGGUUUUAUCUCCAUCGCUCUAUGCUAAAGCUUUACAAGCCGAUCCACAAUUAUUCCCAUAUCAAUGCAACGGGCCAACUUUUACUCCACCAAUUGCAGGAUAUGAUCAACCUGAGGCGGAAGUUACCACAAAAUAG